AUGGCUGAACUUCCUCCGACCAAAGCUGUGAUGGCAGCCCCAGCUCUGUCUCCGCCCAGCGAGACAGAUGCUCUGGCCGUGGGCUUGGGAGCAAUGGUUGUUGGUGGAGGUGCUCAGAGCGGAUCUGAUACCUCGGAGCCUACGGUGCCAUCCGGCCCUAGGACUCCAGAAGACGAGAACAACUUCGGCGAGAACGCAAUGGGCGCCAUGCCAUACCAGGCAUCGGCAGAAACUUUGGCGAUCGCAAGCAGGAUUGCGCACCGUGCCCGUGGAUAUACAGGCCACGACGGUUUCGUUCCUCGAGCAGACAGGGUGAGAACCGGGAUCACCGCAAACAAUGCGCAGGGGCUUUACCCACCCAGCGCAUUAUUGUUCAUUGCGAACUUGUCAAACCAGCGCUCAGUCGAGCAACUGGAAGUCUCAUGCCAGCAGGUAUUCAGUAGCUUUGGGCCCUGCCACGUAAAGGUCCGCUAUGACCGAAACAAGCAUCCUUUCGCUUUUGUUCAAUUUGAGAGCGAUGAAGAUGCGAGCGCUGCAGUGGACGGCUCGGUGAACUUGAGCAUUGAUGACCGGAGAAUCCGUGUCGAGCGUGCCAAAGCUGAACGUGCUGUCAUUCUGAGCAAUGUCAAUGGCAUUCAGAUCACAGAAGAUGAAGCUCGUUUCAUGCUUGAACGCUAUGGACCAAUCGAAAUCAUGGCCACCACCGAAAAAAUGGACAAUCCACCUCGUAACAACAUCAAGGGCGGCAUGUAUGUCAAGUUUGCAUUCUACCUCGACUGCCAAGAUGCACUCAAGGCAUUUCCACACCACACCUCUGGCUACAUCUUGAUCUUGGCCCCAUCCUUGGAACCAAGAGUUCAUUACAAUCGAGGCACCCCAGUCGUUCGUGGGUUUUCGACCCCAAGAUCCGCAGUUGACCAGAAGAGUAUUUUUGUUGGCAACCUUCCAGAAGGCACCACCCGGUCUGAUCUGCACGACCUUUUCGAUGAGUUCGGCAUGAUUGUCCAAGUCAAUGUGAUCCGCAAGGUCUUUGGGGACGAUGGAGUGAACAACUUUGGAUUUGUGGAGUUCAGCACCGUACAAGAAGCAGAGCACGCAUCCCACGCAGAGCGUACAUUCAAGAAUACCAAGCUUCGCAUUGAACCCAAAGAGUAUUCGGUCAGACGCAACCCUAGUCACACCCUUUCCACAUCAUAUAUUCCACCCACUCCAGCACAUACUUUCACGCCUCGCAAUCAUUUCGAGAACCUCAAUUACCUCAACGCUUCACGCUUGCCGUUUGCUCAACCUGUCUUCAAUCACACCCAAGCCAACAACACCGCUGCAUUGACCCACGCUCAAGCAAGUGCCGCGAUGACUCAGGCUCAAGUCCAAGCUCAAGCCCAUGCGAACGCAACCAUGACUGGAAUUCAUACCCAAGGCUUCACUCAUCUCGAACACCAGAACCCAUUGCACUCAUACAGCCUAUACAGCCAAGGCUCAUUUACGACUCCUCCUCAUCACAGCGCCAACCGCAUUGCAAGCCACGGUCAUGACGUGGGAAUGUUCUCACCUACACCGAGCCAUCAUGCUCAUCCCUUCAAUCCCAUCGUCGCUCCCCAAACUCCACAGUACAGCGGACAGCCAUUCGGAACCACACACUUCAUGAACCCCAUCCAGGAGGCCGAGGGCGAAGAGUACUAA